AUGGGCUCGAUACCGCUAGAAAGACACAGCUCGUCAUGCUCGGAACUCAACCCGCAGUUCUAUCGAGAUACACAAGUAUUAGGUGCGAACCGCCGUCCAUGCUCACUACCAAGCCGCGCGAGACGGCAACAACGGCUCGCCCUCUCUUCCCUCGCGUCCUCCUUCCCACUCGCGCUCCUCGCGCUCAUGACCGUUGCGAUUGCGCCGAGCAGAGCGGCGGGGUUGGUGGCGGGCGUGGUGUCGCGAACCAACAUGACUAUCCUCCUCAACGGCGUGCCGGUGGUGCCCAACAUGGUCGUCGCAAAGGACGGAUCCGGCGACUUCACCACUAUCCAGGAGGCGAUAUACUACGUGCCGCCAGCGUACUUGCCGAACCAAGGGACGAAGAUCUUCGUGAAGGCCGGGUGGUACAACGAGACCAUCAUCAUCCGACCGUACAUGCGCUACCUGGCGCUGAUCGGCGAUCCCGAGAACGGCGGCAGCACGCUGUCGUGCAACCGCUACAGCGGCAUGCUCAACGAUAACGGCGACAUGCUCUCCACGUUGAACACGGGCUGUUUUGUCGUUUUCGCGGACGAUUUCACGGCCGUGAAUGUCAACUUUGAGAACGCAUCGCCGCGGCCGCCGCCCAACAGCUACAUCUACCAAGCGGUGGCCGUCAGAGUGACGGCCAACCGCACCGCGUUCUACAACUGCUCCAUCAAAUCGUUCCAGGACACGCUGUACGCGCACAAGGGGUGGCAGUACUACAAAGAUUGCUACAUCUUUGGGACGGUGGAUUUUAUUUUCGGGCAGGCGAAGGCGCGGUUCGAGUCGUGCGUGCUGCAGAUGUCGAGCUACGGGUUCGCGUCGGUGACGGCGCAGAAGCGCGACAUUAAGGACGACGAUAACUGCUUCGUCAUGGUGCAGAACCGCAUCAUCGGGCAACAACCCAUCAUCGCGCAGGGGUGGCUGGGGCGGUCAUGGGGUCAGUACGCGUGCACCAUCUUCGCACACUCGUACAUGGACGAAAUCAUCAACGCUGAUGCAUGGAACAAUUUCUACGUGCGGUCACGGGAGUGGACGACGUUUUACGCGGAGUACAACAACACGGGCAUCGGGGCCAACCUGGACGGGCGCGUGCUGUGGCUCAAGACCAUGACGCCCGCCAGCCGCAGAUACUUCCUCAACAAGGCCUGGAUCGGCCUCGACUCGUGGUUCCACCCCUUCCCCCAGAUGAUGUGA